UUUACAAUGACAUGCACUGUUCCACGUAAUCAAAAUGGCGAUUGAGCAAAGUUGACGAAAAUGUUCACCCUGCUUCUAAAAAAUUAAGAAUUUUAUUCGAAUUCCAUUGAUAAUUCAGUAUAAUUUUUAUGAACAUCAUUCAUUAAGAAUAAGAGUUUCGUUCUUGCUUUUGUAUAAGUGCAAUAUCUUUACUUUCUGCCGGUGAAAAUUGUGGAAGAAAUUGAGGUUCGAAGAUGGCGAGUCCCCGAACGCGACGAGUGAUGAAAGAACUGCGCCCGAGAGACGGUAACAAUACUUGCUUUGAAUGUAACGGCCAUAACCCACAAUGGGUGAGUGUGACAUACGGCAUCUGGAUCUGCCUAGAGUGUUCCGGCAAACACCGAGGUCUCGGAGUUCAUUUAAGUUUUGUCCGGUCCGUGACAAUGGAUAAAUGGAAGGAUUUAGAACUGGAGAAGAUGAAAGUUGGAGGCAACAACAAGGCCAGGCAAUAUCUGAAGUCGCAGCCUGAUUACAACCCUGGAUGGAGCCUGCAAGAGAAAUACAACAGCAAAGCUGCAGCUCUCUACAGAGAUAAGAUUGCAACAGAAGCCAAAGGCGAGACCUGGUCCGAGGCAACCUCCUCUGCUAGGAAUCACGUCCCGUACGUCGCUGCUAGGCUCAAGACGACUUCCUCUAGUAGCUCCGCUGGUUCAUUCCAUACUUCCAGUAGCUCCCCUAGCUUCUCGUCUUACAAUUCGGGCGGAGCCAAAGUAGAGUAUGGAAGUGGUGGUGGGUACCAGUCGGCGGGGAAGGACGACUUUGAGUUGCAGUACGGCAUGUCUAAAUCUGAAGUUGAUGCCAAAAAGGGGGAUUACUUUGACCGAAUACAAGCUGAUAAUGCAUCCAGACCAGAUCACCUUCCACCGAGUCAAGGAGGCCGAUAUACAGGUUUUGGUAACACGCCAAUCAAACAGGAGGAGAACAGCAGUGAUACAUGGGACACGGCUGUGUCGUCAUUGAGUGCAGGCUGGUCUACGUUCGCUCUGGGCGCCACCAAGUUUGCUUCAGCCACCAAGGAAGGGGCGGUCAAGUUUGGAACUGCUGCAUCACAGAAGACUCAAGAGUAUGCUGCAAAAGUGAACGAAGCCGUGGUCAAACCCACUAAGGAGAAGAUGCAGGAAGGACGAUUGAUGAACGAUAUCUCCACGGGAACAAAGAGCUGGGCUUCCAAGGUUGCGUCCAGCACCUCCAAAGGAUGGAAGGAUUUCACUAAUAUCUUCACCGAUAACCCAACAACGUUAGAUUCUGUUGACUCUGCACCGACAGCAGAGUCGCUACUAAUGCCUGGCAAAGAGGACAGUGAAAAGAGAGAACGGUUACGACAAAUGGAUCCUGAUCAAAGUGAAACCCCUUUACUUCACGAUGCCCCCACCCCUCCUAGGACACCGGAUGAGACAGAUGAUGUCAGCUGGGGGUGGGGCAACAGUGACACAUGGGACAACCCACCCCAGAGCAGACCCAGCCCGCCCAAGGUCGAGGAGAAUGACAGCUGGGACUCUUGGUCCAACGAGCAAGAUGAUCUACUACUAGACUUCGGUGACUCCAGCUCAAAACCCAAGAAAGCCAACAGCGCGACAAGAAAAAACGGCUCCAAAAAGUCCUCCUCAAGCAACAAGAAGGUGACAUCCCUGGAGGAGACGUGGGACGAUGCAGGAGGGUGGGAUGAGGCAGCGUGGGAUGCUAUAGAGAGUGACAUCAAUACGAGUAAGAAGACGUCGUCAUCAACGAGACGAAACAACAGCAAGAGAGACUGAUAGAUGCUGCCGAUAGGUGCAGCAUUUAGUAAGAUGCCUGUCUGGAAUUACAAGAUGGGUGAAAUUUAUUAAUUGCCAUACAGGUAUUAAAAAUGACCCCCCCCCCCCAACCUUUAUAUGUGUACCUGGUGCCAACAUUGCCUCAAUACACCCCCCCCCCCCCCCCCACAGAAAGGACGGUAAUCUUGAAAACCAAAUUGUGAUGUGUAUCUCCUUGUGUGUAAUAUUCCUUUUACGUGGGAUUCAAAACUUUCUCAUAUACAUGUAUGUAGCUCCCAUAUGAAAUCAAUUUGCCCGAAAAAUUCAGUGCAAAGAAUACAAAAUUAGACAUCCCAGCAAUAGGAGAAUGUUUGGUAGCCUCUUAUUCCCCUUUCAACAAUAUAUACAUAUGGUCAGACCAUUUGAAAGAGUUUAAGAUUUGCUUUUUUCCCUAUGCAUGAAAAUGAAAAAAAUAAGUAAUUUCCAGUAGUAAUGAGUUGCAACAAAUUUUUUUUUUUUUAAAUGUAAGGUGUUUUUUUUUUGGGGGGGGGGGAUUGGUUCUUUUUUCGUCCGUGGUCGUAUGUAUAAUUUACGUAAAUGUGUGGCUGACUGCUUGGCUCAUUUGCAUAAACCUGCUCUUAGAAACCUGUAAAUUUCAACCCCCCCCCCAUCAAUUUGACAAAUAUCAUCCUCGGCAAUUAAUUUACAGACUUACGUGGUAAGUCCUGCGUCACACUGAGCGGAUGUUGUCAUGGCAACCAAUGUUUUACACUUGUCCAUGACAGGUAACAUUGAUAGACUCGUCUGUGAAGGCUUGGGUUUUAAUUAAUGUGAGUGCUGAACACCCCCCCCCCCCCUCCUUGUUUCUUUUAAGUCGAUUAUAAACAUUUCAAUAACAUUCUGAAAAGCAGAGGAGUUUGUAAUGUUUUUGAGUGAAUUCACAUUUUUUUUUCCCCUCAGCACCUGUUGGUUCCAAAUUUAGAAAACAAAUUUCAUGUGCUGCACUUGAACAGUAGGAAGGACACUCAAGCAAACAGCAGUUUCAUUAUGACUUAACCUUCCCCCCCCCCCCAAGACAAACAACCCAAAACUAUGUGUGUUCCCUCUACAUUCUGAAAAGGUCAUUCCAUUAUGUCUGGCAGAAUUGAUUUUCCCAUCUGUUGCCAUGGAAAUGCUUUGAUGGAGACAUUUCCAAGUCCUUUUUGUGUGACGUAAAUCAGUCAAAAUGCCCAAUAUUUCGUCAACCGUUAUUGCUUGCAAAUAGAGACUGACAAUACAUUUGUAGAAAUAAGUCUGGCAUUUUCUGGCUUUGGGCAUGGGGGAAAAACAUCAAUAUAGGUUUUUUUUAUGUUUAAUGUCCCCCUGAAAUUGUUCAAAAAAUUUUUAUUCCUAAGAGAGAUUGCAUGUUGCUUCAAUGAUAUGUUAAUGGUUUGGGUGACUUGCUACAAUUGCAAAAGCUAAAUUCAGCUGGACCCCCCCCCCCCC